AUGAUUGAAAUAAUAAUAUUUAGUAUAAUAAUAGGUGUAAUAAAUUGCUUUGACAUUGAUAAGUAAGGAAAUAUAGUUGAUGAAGUAUUAAAUAUAUAGAUUUUAAUAGAAUGGAGCAAUACACAUUUUUCAUGGAGUAAAUGUAGUUUAUAAGCCUCCACCAUUUUAUCCAAAAAUGGAUGAAUUUGAUGUAAUGACAUCUUUUUCAGAUUUGGAUUGUUAACUUAUAACAAGUUUAGGGUAUUGUAAAUGAAUUUAAAAAUAGAUUUAAUAUAAUUAGGUUACAUGUUGCAUUUGAGGCUGGUAUGCCUUAAAGAGGGAUUUUGAAUGAUGAUUAUAUAUUGCAUAUUAGAGAAAUAGUGAGAUUGGCAGCAAAAUAUGAAAUAUAUGUGAUUUUAGAUGCUCAUUAAGAUUUAUUAAAUAGACAAUUUUGUGGAGAAGGAUUUCCAGAUUGGGCAGUAACAAAAAUAGAUUUUCCAUCUCCUUAAAAAAUAGAUCUUAAUUAUGAUGAAUAAGGAUAUCCAAAAAUUGAAGAUUGUUUAUAAAUAGGAAAUUUUGCCAAAUUUUAUUUAAGUUCUGAUGUAGGUAGAAAUAUGGAAUCUAUUUUAAAAAAUGAGAAUGGCAUAGCUGAUAUGUUUGGUUUAUUUUGGAAAAGAGUAGCUGAAAUACAUAAAGAUGAAUGGAAUGUAUUAGGAUAUGAAAUUUUAAAUGAACCAUCAUCUGGUAAUUAUUAAAGAAGUAAACUUUAAUAUUUAUGGCCUGGAUGGGCAAAUAAACAUUUAAUAAUGCCAUUUUAUUAAUUAAUAAAUCAAUAUAUAAGAGAAGUUGAUACUGAAAAACUUGUAUUUUUUGAACCUUAUUUUACUGAUGCUUUUGGAGGAGGAUUCAACCAUAAUAUUGGAGGAAAGAAAUAUUAAAAAAAAGAAGUAAUGAGUUAUCAUCUAUAUUGUGGAAUAUGUAUAUAAAUAUAUAAUACUUUUAGGGAAAAUAUCACCAUUUUUAUGUAGAUAAGUAUAUAACUUUAUGUAUCCUUUAAAAAAACUAAAUAUUAAUCAUUUAGGAACUGGAGGAAUGCUUACAGAAUUUGGAUCAUUGCCAAACAAACCUUUUGCUUAGAAAAUUUUAAGUUCUAUGUUAUAUAAGGCAGAUAAGUAUUUAUAAUCAUGGGUUUAUUGGUAAUAUAAAGGGUAUAAUGAUUAUACAUCUUCUUCAAGUAUGUAUGAUGAAAGUAUAUUCAAUCCUGAUGGUUCCCUUUAAAAUUAUAAAAUUAAAGCUCUAGUCAGACCUUAUGCAUAAACCAUUUGUGCAUCUAAAAUUUAUUAUUCCAAAUACAAUCAUCAAAAAUAAAAAUAUAUCUUAAAAUAUGAUUCCAUUCAAAUUCCAAAUUGUAAGACUUUAAUAUAUGUGCCACCUAUUAAUGAAUUUCAAAUGGGUUUUAAAUUUGAAUGUAAUUCUAAAAUUGAAUGUACCUUAAAGACUGAAGGAUAUUCUACUGUGUCUGUUAUCAAUUAUGCUGGAAGAGUUAAAUUGAUUAUUCAACCUAUACUAUAUUUAGAAGAUAAAUGA